GGCACGCACUUCCUGCCGGAGCCCGGUGCCCGGCGCAGCUGUGGGCGCAGUCGGUGCCGCGGGCGCGCCUGGGCGCGGAGCAGCAGCCAUGGCGAUGCCAAACUCCCUCUUGUGGGCAGUUGAUAUAUUUGGGAGGGUGUACACUCUUGCCACAACAGGCCAGUACUGGGAACUCUGCAAAGAUGGGCAGCUGGAGUUCAAACGGGUCUCUGCGGUCAAACAGUGCUGUUGGGGAAUAGCUUGUGAUCACCAGGUCUACACCUAUGUAUUCUCAACUGAUGUUCCUAUUAGAUACCAGGAGGAAACCUAUGAAAAUCAGCGUUGGAAUCCAGUUGGUGGCUUCUGUGAGAAAUUAAUGCCCAGUGAUCGCUGGCAAUGGAGUGAUGUAAGCGGGCUAAAACAUCAGCAACUUGACAGUUUCACACUGCCCUCGCCACACUGGGAGUGGGAGUCUGACUGGUAUGUGGAUGAAAAUAUUGGAGGGGAACCAACAGAGAAAGGGGGUUGGACAUAUGCAAUAGACUUUCCAGCUACCUACACAAAGGAUAAGAAAUGGAAUUCCUGUGUCCGACGCAGAAGAUGGAUCAGAUACAGGAGAUAUAAGUCACGAGACACUUGGGCAAAGAUUAUAUCCCUUGAAGAUCCCCAUCAGCUGCCAGACCCUUUCAAUGAUAUCUCCAUUGGAGGAUGGGAAAUCACUGAUGAGCCUGCUGGCCGUUUAUCAGUCUGGGCAGUUUCUUUACAAGGAAGGGUAUGGUACAGAGAAGAUGUUUGCCACCACAAUCCAGAAGGCUCCUUGUGGUCCUUAGUAGCCACCCCCGGCGAAGUAGUACAGAUCAGCUGUGGACCAUAUGACCUCUUAUGGGCAACUCUUUGGGAAGGACAAGCUAUUGUGAGAGAGGGAAUUGACAGAAAUAACCCUCGUGGAAUUUCUUGGACAGUUGUGGAAUCCCCAGGCUCUGAAAAUGGGAUCAUGCAUGUCUCUGUGGGAGUAAAUGUGGUGUGGGCUGUUACCAAAGACAGAAAAGUGUGGUUCAGGAGAGGGGUAAACUCACACAAUCCAUGUGGCACCAGUUGGAUUGAAAUGGUUGGUGAAAUGAUGAUGGUAAACGUAGGCUUAAAUGACCAGGUCUGGGGAAUCGCCUGUGAUGAUCGAGCAAUUUAUUUCCGCCAAGGUGUCACAACGAGUGAGCUAAGUGGGAAGACAUGGAAGGCAAUUGUAUCUGGCAGAGAGUGUGACAGAUCUCAGACUGGCAGCUCAACUAGUCUGCUCAGUGCUGGCUGUUUUUUUAGUGACGAAGUUAGGGACCAAGCAAACUCAAUCAUUCAGAAUGAUGGAGACAUUUCCUCCGAUACCGAGAGCCCACACGUGCCUCCAAAUCAUGCCAAUGCUCCCCUUUCCAGAGCUGCUGUCAGCAGCCAUGAGAACAGCACAGAUGCACAGAAAGAUGUGGGUGCACAUGUGGCUGUGGAUCCUCUGGAUUCUGCUCAGGAAGAAGCUAAUUCUACUUCAGGCAGUAGUGAGAAAGCUGGUCUUGAAAAGCCUGAGUCUUCUGUGGACCAGGAUACCCAUCCAGCAGAACUGCAGUGGACAAACAUUGAUUUAAAGGAGGCCCAUAAAAACCCAGUCCUCACUGCCAGCGCCUUCAGAGAAACAUCCAGCGUAUCUUCCCUUGGCUUGUUCCCAGCUGGCAUUGAAGAGCCCUAUGGAACUGAUGAGCACCCGUUUUGGGCAUGGGUAUCCGGUGGAGGCUGCCUGGUGGAUCUGCACAGCCCGCUGAAAUGGUUCACUAUUCAGCCAGGUUUGUCGUCUUCUGUGCAGUCCCUUUCUCUGUCAAUCACUCCAGCCCAGACAGCGGCUUGGCGAAAGCAGAUUUUCCAGCAGCUAAGUGAAAGGACCAAGCGGGAACUGGAAAACUUUAGGCAUUAUGAACAGGCAGUUGAGCAAUCUGUGUGGGUUAAAACUGGGACCUUACAGUGGUGGAGAAGCUGGAAGCCUCAUAAAUGGAUGGACGUUCGAGUGGCUCUUGAGCAGUUCACUGGGAGUGAUGGAGUGCGAGAUAGCAUUCUGUUCAUCUACUACAUGCAUCAUGAGGAAAAGAAGUACAUCCAUGCGUUCCUGAAUGAAGUCACCAUUCUGGUUGAAGUUUUGAAUGACUCCAAACACUCCUUUGCCAUGUACACACCUGAGAGAACGAAGCAACGGUGGCCAAUCCGCCUAGCAGCUGCCACGGAACAAGAGAUGCAUGACUGGCUUGCUUUGCUGAGCAUGUCCUGCUGUGAAAGCAGACGGAUUCAAGGCCCUCCUUCCCAUCACGCAGUCUGGUCAGUCACAUGCAAAGGAGACAUCUUUGUUAGUGAGCCGAGCCCAGAACUGGAGGCUGCACCACACCUGAUGCCGUGUGACCAAAUGUUUUGGCGUCAGAUAGGAGGGCAUCUCCGACUAAUAGAAUGCAAUAGCCAGGGCAUAGUGUGGGGCAUAGGGUACGAUCACACAGCCUGGGUUUAUACUGGUGGCUAUGGAGGAGGCUUCUUUCAAGGACUGGCCAGUAGUGCUGAUAAUAUUUACAUGCAAUCAGAUGUCAAAUGUGUUUAUAUAUAUGAGAACCAGCGGUGGAAUCCAGUCACUGGAUAUAGUAGCCGGGGUCUGCCCACAGAUCGGUAUAUGUGGAGCAAUGCAUCUGGUUUACAAGAAUGCACAAAAGUUAACACAAAGCCUCCAUCGCCACAGUGGUCUUGGGUGUCUGACUGGUAUAUUGAUUUCAAUGUCUCUGGUGGAACUGACCGAGAAGGCUGGCAGUAUGCUGCAGACUUUCCAGCAUCCUACCAUGGCCACAAGACAAUGAAAGACUUUGUACGACGGAGACGCUGGGUAAGAAAAUGUAAAAUAGUCACCAAUGGGCCAUGGCUGGAAGUGCCUCCCAUCACCCUGUGGGACAUCUCCAUAAUCCCCAGUUUGGCUGCAGAUGAGGAAGACUCCAUAGCUGUCUGGGCAAUCAGUGACAAGGGAGACGUGCUCUGCAGGCUUGAAGUAACGGAACAAAAUUCAGCCGGAACAUCCUGGCUUCAUGUGGGAACAGAUCAACCCUUCAUUUCAGUAUCAGUUGGAGCUUUUUACCAGGUCUGGGCCAUUGCUCGAGACGGCUCGGCAUUCUACCGUGGCUCAGUGUCUCCUAAAAGACCUGCAGGUGAUUGUUGGUAUCAUAUUCCGUCACCUCAAAAGCAGAAAUUAAAACAAGUCUCAGUAGGAAGGACAUCCGUGUUUGUGUUGGAUAAAAAUGGUAAUCUCUGGUACCGUCAAGGAAUCACACCAAGCUACCCUCAAGGAUCUAGCUGGGACCAUGUGUCUAAUAAUAUUCGUAAAAUUUCUGUAGGGCCCCUGGACCAGGUCUGGGUGAUAGCUGACAAAGUUCAGGGAAGUCAUAGCCUAAGCUGCGGGACAGUCUGUCAUCGGAAAGGAGUUCAGCCACUGGAACCCAAAGGGCUCUCGUGGGACUACGGCAUUGGGGGUGGAUGGGAACACAUUACAGUCAGAGGAAAUGCAACAGAAGCUCCUAAGGUUGCUUUACAGGAUACCUCUGAAGAACAUUUGGCAAAAUCAAUAGAUCCAGAAGAUGGGGAGAAUGGAAGGAAAGGAGACCACUCUAAAGCCAGUGUUUUGGUUAUCGAAGGACAGGAACUAGACAGAAAUGCUGUUAGUUGUUAAUAUGUUCUGUCGCCUGUAUACUGGGCAUUGCUCAUUCUCAAAACAAUGUAAAGAGAAACAAACUGUAGGGCUUAUCAAACUGUAGGGCUCAUCAUGACUGCUCAGAAAAAAGUAGCUCUCUGAUAAUUUUGAUGUAUUUUUAGACCUGGAAUUUGCAAUGUGCUUUUUAAUAUUAAAUAGCUUCUACCAGUAUGGAUGAAGAAUGACCUGAGAGAACUGACAUGCAAUUUGUCAGAGCAGGUGGGCACUGCUAGGAACCAUAAGAAAAGACCCUUGACAUAGCUGCUGUAAAACCAGAUGAAUGUGACUAUCUUUGCAAACUUGCAUUGCAUAUUUAUUUUUUAUAAAAAAUAUUUAACAUCCUUCCCUACAUGCCUCAUAUAUAAAUGCAUCUUGUAUACUAUUCUCCAGUUUCUUCUUUGGAUUUUAAAAAUUGUAUCAAUGUGAUUUGAUUUACAGGAAGCUAAAGCAAUUGCACAACAGCAAAGAAUACAUGGCCCGAUUCUGCAGACAUAUUUGGAACCAGCAAAUCUUUUCUUUUGCAAAUCCUACUUAUGCCUGUUCAUGACCAGUAUCUGCUACCUUGACUUGGGGCAAAGUAAUAUUCUAUUACACAAAUACUUCCACAGAUUUCAGUAGAAUGAUAUGGUCCUGUUCAUUGUGAAUAGGGGUGGUAGGACCUGGGUCUAAAUAUCAAACCUAAGAAUGACAAAACUGCUUUUUAUUUUUUCCCUUGUCCUGAUACUCAAAGGCAUUAAAUGACAAACUCCUACUAAGGUAAGGGGGUGUUAGGCACCUAAAUAUAUUUAAGGAUCUGGGCAAUACUCCAACUGCUUACAAAUCAUGCUUUUGUAUGAGUCUUUUUUCUACAGAGAGAAUGGAAAGGUCAUACGUCUGAUUUUAACAUUAUACAGGUAGAAAUCCAAAUUAAUUCUAUGAAGCAUGUGGAGUUCUGCCCCUGUGCACUUAGACUGUGGCUCUGCUGUGAGUUUGAACUAAAUGUUCCAUCUUGAUUAUAUUUCCAGCUCUUCUUCUAGUGAAUUAAUACAUCACUGUAGUGCUAGUGUUCAAAAGAGAACGUCCACUUUCAUCCUUCUUUGGAAUCUUAGUUAAUCUUAAAUUAUUAUCUAUUUUUUUUUUAUUUUAAAACCAAUCCUGUGGGUGCCAGUCACCUCCCUGAAAGUGCUGAAGUCAGCUGCCUGCCACUGGUUUCAGAAAGACACCUAACACUUGGCAAAGUCAGAAGCUUGGAGAUUCUUGUUGAGGGACUGAUCUUGUACCUUCAACUCCAUGGGAGUUCAGUGAGAGCAAAAUCAGGGUCAGAGGGCACUUUUACACAUGCUUCAGAGGUGGAGGGCGGCACUUUAAUUAGCAUGGCUCCAAGAGUCACUGAUCCACUGAUACGUGAGACACCAUGACGCUUUAAUUAGAGCAGCUCUUAGAGCCGCUCUAAUUAAAACACUGUAGCAUCUCAUGUAUCAGUGUCCCCA